GUAGGAUGGGGAUGGUUUAGUUAUAUUUGUUUUUUUUUACUUUUGGGGUGAUUUGUUGACCUUUCUCGUACGUUGCACAACUUCUGUGUUUUUUGUUACUGCUUGUCGUUGUUGAAGUUCUUACCCCGUGGCCCCCUAUCGGACGAUUUAAAUAAAAAAAGAGCUUUCCAGCUAGUCGGAUUCCGCUUUGCAUUCUGAAAUAAAUAAAUAUUCCGGUUCCGAGACCACGUGGGGUGGGCCUGCCCCGCGAACCCACGUGGGGUGGGCGUCGAAGGCAAAUGGCGGAAUAUGAAACGAAUUUGAACACGCGUGGUGCCCUGAGGGUGCCCUGAGAGAGAGAGAGGCAGGGAGGCCUGCCGGCCGGCCGGCCGGGAAGGAGGAGAGAUCUCUUGGUCGUCGUUACGGGGAGGGCAAGACGAGGGAGUCCUCCUUCCAGACCGCACCUCCUUCCCGAGCUGAGGAACGGAAGUUUCUCGCCAUCUUCGCAAGCAAUCCCCAGUAAAAUUGUGUGGGUGGCGGGAGCCUCAAUAAUUGUCCGCCUCUCAGUGCGUGCGGCCCAACGUGGUACCUCUCAAAAAAUGUCGUUACCAUCAUCACCAUCACCACCAACAACAACAUCACCACCACCAACAACAUCACCACCAACAACAUCACCACCAUCAACAUCACCACCACCAACAACACCAUCACCGGCUCGAGGCUCCUGGCACGUGGCCCUCUACUCGGACGUGGAGAAGAGCGGCUACCUGACGAAGCGACGCAGCGGCCAUCGCCGCUACUUCGUGUUGCGCGGGGCGUGCCACUCGGCACGCCUGGAGUGUCACGACAGCCGAGAGAGCUGGCUGGGCAAGGGCCCUCCCGCCAAGGACGCCCACGAGAGAGGCGCCCGGGGUCCGCUGGCCCGCCUCGCCCGAUGGCCCCUCGCGCACCUGCCGGGCCUCCGCCAGCGACCGCGUCGCGUCGUGCCCCUCUGCGGCCUCAUGCACGUGGUCGAGCGGUCGGACGAGCGCUGCCCGCACGGCCUCGCGCUGCUCACCGACUCCGCGUACCUCGCCCUGGGGGCGCCCGACGAGGCCGAGCAACGCGCCUGGCUCUCGGCGCUGCGGGCCCUGGUGGCCGUCGACGGCGCGAAGCUGGGAGGCCCGUGGGGGGCCCUGCCGGCCGCGCCGGGAGGAGGAGGAGCAGGCGGCGGCCCCGGGGCGCACCAGCGGCAGCAGCUGCUGCUGCUGGACGCGUGGCAGGGCGAGCUGCUGUCCCAAGAUCUGGGGCUGACCACGUUGCUCGCGGGGCCCUGCAGGGUCUUCUUCUACACUGAGCACCUGCACUACGUGAGCCCAGCCAGGGGACCGCGUACAGAUGCCACCAGGGUGAUCGUCAGCCUGUUUUGUAUCAAGUACUUCGGUCACAGCGAUGACUGCUUCUUCAUCACCUUGGGCAAUUCCUCGGAUCUGGGACCAGGACAGAUCUGGAUGAGGGUGGAGGACGACACCAUGGCGGCGGCGAUUCACCACAAUCUCCUGCUGGCCGUGGAGGAGCUGUCGCUGUGCCGGAUGUGGAGCCGGCCGCAGCCCCCGCGGCCCAAGCUCUGCUCGUCCGCGUCGACGGCGCGGAGACGUCUCGGCAGCUCCGGGCUCCGCGGCCACGCCCCGCCGCAGCGUGCGCCACGAGAGCUGCCUGGCGCGUAACCGUCGCUUGCCCGCCCGAGCUCCAGCUACCGCGCGGGUGGCGGUAGCGCUAGCCCUAGACCCGCCGCUGACCAGUGCGGUGAAGUAUGGUUUAACGACCCUCGUUGCCGACACGGUGUGGAGAGGCCCUCAUCCUGCAGUGUAUUUUCCGAUUACUCUACCAAAAAUAGAUUCGUAAAAGCUGUUUAAUAUAUUCACACGACUGUUUAUUAGUAUUGUCCUGAGACAGUGGUUACAUUUACACAUUAUUAUGAUCAGAGGCCAGUCCCUCAUAACUAUGACUACUUUCCACAAAGUCAAACUCAGUUUAUGAACCGCAAUGGAUGAUGACAGACCCAAGUAGAUCUCCCCCCCCCCCCCGACUAGGAUUUGAAAUCACAAACUUCCGAUUUGGAGUUGUACACUCUGACCACAGUGCCACUCGGCAGUUUUAAUUUUACGAGAACACUCCCUGGACUUUUCCGAUUUCAAUUAUUCAUUCGGACUUUUAUUAUUUUAGCAACGCCAGAAAACUCGCGGCAAUUGAACGCACGCUAUGGAAACUGGUGCAGUGAUGCCGCCCCUGAUUGCCUCUUCGGCUUUCUGAAAAAGAAAUGUCGCUGCUCUUAACUUCACCACGCCGGGUCAGUGUGGUUUAUGUAGAUCUCACAAGAUCAGGGGCGUUUAAUAUGAAGGCAAGGUCAGGUGACGUGUCUAUGUUGACUUCCUGUAUCUUGUCCUGAUGAUGUUUUUGGUGUAGUUUUAAACGAAUCGCCCAUAUCAAUUCUAGAUUUAAAGCUUUCGUAACUGCUAGGAUCCAUACUCUUUGGUUCUAUUGGGUAAAGUCAGGUAUUUUAUUUUUUUACCUACGUGACUUUACCCAAUAGAACCAAAGAGUACGCCCAUAUCUAAUUGCUAAACUUGUUUGUGAAGAUUGUUCCUCGACUCGCCGUGGACCUGAAGCGAUAAUAAUUUGCACAACGUUUAAUGCUUAUACAUCACUUGACAAUAUAGUUUGGUUGUGUCGCAUGGUGCAGUGUCUUUGACGACACGAAUUGGCCCGGAUCUUUACGUAGUCCUAACCCAAAAAUCAUAAACUAUAAGAUUAUCUGCGAAAAGGUGCACGUGAAGUGAUUA